AUGGCUCGCGGUGUACUGCUCACAUCGAACCUUCCUCAGCUCCAAAAUCUUAUCAAGAGAGAUCCUGUAGCGUACAAAGAAGAGUUUAUACAGCAAUGGAAUCAUUACAACAGUGUCCGCCGCAUUUUUCAGAUCAACCCAGACGAACAGGCACAUCACUUCAAAGAGCUUGUCUCAUUCAUCUCUCAGGUUGCGUCUUGUUACCCGAAAGAGACAGUCGACUUUCCGACUCACCUUUCGUCCCUACUACUGGAACACUACGGAGCACUUUCUGCUGAUACUCGGCAUACGUUAGUCCAGAACCUUGUCCUUCUCCGAAAGAAGAAUGUCAUUGCAUCGAUAGAGCUGCUCAAAACACUCUUCCCUCUUCUUCCCCGCACGACAUCUUCGUCCCUUCGUACUUUCAUACGCAAGACAAUUUUGAAUGAUAUCAAAACAGCCAACCAGCACUCGAAGAACCACAAGCUCAACAGAGCUGUCCAAGCGAUGCUUUUUGGUAUGCUAGAGCAUGGGAUGGACGGUGAAGUUAUUGGUGACAAGGGCAAGGCAAGAGCUCAAUCCACGCAGAGCGCUCCUGCUACUAGUCAAAAUAACCACGAUGCUAUGUGGGCCGUUGUCCUGACGAAGGAGUUGUGGAAGAAAGGCAUUUGGGAUGACGCGAAGUCCGUGGCAAUUGUCGCUCUGGGAUGCUUUCAUCCAGUGGUCAAAGUGCAGAGUGCUUCGCUACAUUUCUUUCUUGGGAGUGAGGAGGAGGAAAAUGACAGUGACGACGAAGAUCCUGAUCAUGUAUACAUCAGGUCUCUAGAGCACAAACGGAAUGUCACAAAAAAGACACGUAGCGGCGACAACAAAUUGCGCAGAAACAUAAAGGCGGCUGCGAAGAAACGCAAAGCAAGAUCCAUCGGAUCGACGCCCAACUUCCCGGCGCUCCACCUUCUGAACGAUCCGCAAACGUUUGGAGAAAAACUUUACGAUAUCCUUAAUAAGUACGACAAGCGCUUUUCCCUCGACCACAAGAUCCUCAUCAUGCAACUGCUAUCACGCGUGAUGGCAGCGCACAAGCUGACCGUUCUAAGCUUCUACACUUAUAUUCUUAAAUAUCUCACUUAUCACCAGCUACGCGUGCCUGCUAUCCUGGUCGCUCUUGCCCAGUCUGUCCACGACCUCACUCCACCCGAUGUCUUAACGCCAGUGAUACAGAAGCUGGCGCACGAAUUCAUUCAUCCCGGUGUUGGCAGUGAAGUCAUCGCCGCCGGACUGAAUUCCAUUAGAGAGGUAUGUCGAAGACAGCCGUGGGCAAUGGAGGAAGACCUUUUGGGUGAUUUGGUGGAAUAUAGGAAAAGUCGAGAGAAGUCUGUCACAGCUGCAGCUAGAGGAUUAUUGCAGCUAUAUCGCGAAGUCAAUCCUGGUAUGUUGAAGAGAAGAGAGCGGGGAAAAGCAGCAAGCAUGGGAAUCGCGGAAGGCAGCCAACCAUUACCAUUUGGUCACAGUGCGCAAGCAGCUGUGGAUAUCGAAGGCCUUGUGCUCCUCGAGGACCAUCUCAAAGAACUGCGGGCCGAAGCUGGCGUUCAAUCUGGCGAAGACGAUGCCGACGAAGAUGCUUGGGAUGGUUGGGACGUGGAAUCGGAUUCAUCUGAACAAUCAGACGAUUCUGAUGGCUGGAUCGCAGUGGCCAGCGACGGAGAUGACCACUUGAGCCUCAGUGACAGCGAUGACGAAAGUAGUAAAAAGAAAGAACGAUUGACUGAACCAAUUCCCCCACACGAAGAGAGUCGCGUUUCGUCAUUGGCCACUACGAAGAUCCUCACACCUGCCGACUUCGCUUUGCUCAACGAUCUUCGCCUCAAAGCGGCCACCAAGGAGGUAGAAAGUGGCGGCGGCAAUGCUGCAAAGCGCAAGCUAGCAGUCCUCGAGGCAUCUAAGAAGGCUAUGUCGUCGAAUGCGGACGAUUCCAACAACUUCAUUUCGGAGAACGACAUCCUUGGGCCUCGAAAGAAAGCCAAAGCUGACUAUGAGGAGCGUAUGGCUUCAAUCGCAAAAGGACGCGAGGGACGCGAGAAGUUUGGUUCCUUGAAGGGGAAGAGAAAUAAGGAGAUGCCGAGCAGUUCAACCAACAGGGAAAAGAAGAAGAACAAGCCAAUCAUGAUGAUAAUGGGCAGCAAGGAAGUCAGAGGAAAGAAGAAGGCGUCGUUGCGGGACAAGCAGCAGAGGUUGAGGGCUCAUAUUGACAAGGCGAAGAAAGCAUAUCAUUGAGUAUCUCGAUUUCACUCUGUU